AAAUGUCUAAUGGGAUUCCUGUGUGAUUUUGGAAAAACCAAAAUGGCGGAAAAGAGGGACUUCGGAGUAGAACAGUCAUCCAAAGAGAUGCGUUUGARGGUUAUGACAUAUGAAAAGACAAACGAACUGUUAGACCUACCAGAAGAAGAAUAUAAACCUCCAAAUUUGCCGUUCAAAGAAGUCCAGUUCGAUCGUAAUACUGAGUUUGGCAGUAAUGAAAUGCGCCAACAGUUUUGUAUCGAUUUUAACAAGUGGACUUUCGUAAACCAUGGCGCGUUUGGUGGCGCCCUUAAACCAGUAUUACAAACCGUCCACCAACUGCAAUUGUAUGCAGAAAGUCAGCCACUACGAUUCAUCGACAGGGARCUGAUACCUAACAUGGUUUUCGUUUUAAGGAGGCUCGCGGGGUUCGUGUCGUGCGAYCCUAGGGACAUUGUUUUGGUAUCCAACGCUACUGAAGCAACUGCCACUGUUUUAAAGUCAUUAAGAUUAGGGUCUGGAGACAGAGUGUACUGCUUGAACACUAGAUAUUAUUCUGUUAGUAAAGUUCUUACUCAAUUGAAAGAUGAAAAAGGAGUUGAUGUCCAGGAAGUUGCAUUGCCCUUCCCAUCGUCAAAAAAGGAAAUAUUAGACCUUAUUACCAAAACACUACAAGCCGACACCAAGCUUGCCAUAUUUGAUCAUAUACCUAGUGUACAUCCCAUAAUAAUGCCCGUUGAUGAAAUCAUCAAAAUAUGUCAUAGUAGAGGAGUUGACGUCUUGAUUGAUGGAGCGCAUGCCUUGGGUGCUGUYUCUGUGGACUUAUCACAAUUAAAGCCAGACUACUAUGUUACUAACUGUCACAAAUGGUUGUGCAAUGCGAAGGUACCUGCAGCACUUGUUACGCUCGACUUCUGGUUAGCGCUUGGGCCAAGUAACAUCCGUGCGUACAUCACGGAGCUUGCGCACAAUGCAGGUACAAUGCUAGCUGACAGAUGGGAAACUGAUACAUUGUUCCCAAUCUCCAUGUACGGUCCAAUGGUACUAAUCCGCCUACCCGACAGGCUUUGGAAUCAUUCUGGUACCACCAUUGCAACGAAACCUAUUGCUGACCAUAUACAGGACUUGCUACACUACGAUUAUGGGAUAGAAGUUCCAGUUAAGCCAAUCAAMGGCCGUCUCUAUGUACGCAUUAGUGCGCAUGUGUACAAUCACAUGAGGGACUAUCACGUGCUUGCUGACGCUGUAUGUCUAUUGGUUGAGAAAGUAGACAUUGGCAAUGAUACAAGUUAGGAAACAGAAGAAGAAAAAAGAGUGGAUCGCGCUUUCUCCUUUGGCGCUGUAGGGAAGCACUGAACUCUUUUGGAGUCUUCCUCAAAUUCCCAUGAAAGUUUCUGCAAAUGACUUUMAAUUAAACAUAAACACAUGUUCCGGUAAAAUCUACAGUUGCAAAGCAAGAAU